CGGCUCUAUUUGUUGAAAGAGGAUGAGCUCAUCGUUUAGAAGCACAACAGAGUCAGAGGAGCCAGUUUCUAGGCAGCUGCUGCGGUCUGUGAGUUUGUUCAUCAGCCUGCAAACAGAGAGGAGGCUUCUGCUACUGCAAGAGGAAGACGCUCCACACAAUGGUCUGGUCCCGAGACGCAGAGGCAGAGCGACCCCAGCUGUCCGUCAUCCUGCCGCGGCUCUACCUCGGAGCGGAGCGCGACGUGACGCAGGACCGACUGGCCUCUCUGGGUAUUUCCUACGUGCUGAGUGUGAGCCGAUGCAGCCCCCAGCCGUCUUUCCUGCCUCGCUCCAGAUUCCUGCGCAUUCCCAUCGAUGACUCCCUGUGGGACGACCUGCUGCCCUGGAUCCCCCAGGCUCUCAGCUUCAUAGAUUCAGCCAUGUCCUCUGGGGCCUCGGUGUUGGUGCACUGUGCUGCAGGAAUCUCCCGCUCCCCGGCUCUGGCUGUGGCCUACAUCAUGUACAGCCUGGAAAUGGACCUGGACCACGCCUACAGGUUUGUGAAAGAGCGUAGGCCCUCCAUUUCCCCAAACUUCAACUUCCUGGGUCAGCUGCAGCACUUCCAAGGCAUCCUGGACCAGAAGGCAUCCAGCUGUGAUAUGACCAGGCAGCAGCAGGAGAAUCAGCAGCCGUCCACAGAGAACGGAGGGACCGGAUUACUGCGCAGUCAGAACAGAAACCACUGCGUCCACACCGCCACAGAAGACUCAAUAAUUCAGACGAGAAAAUCGCUCUUAGACGACAGCGGUAACAAGCGAGGACCUUGGACCUUUGACCUGACAGCGUGUCAAAACCAACGAUGCAACCAAAAGCUAUGUGACGCUCCUGCAUCGAGCCUCUGUGAGUCCAGAGAUCCUCUACCAAAGUGCAGACAACUACAAUUCCCAUCAGGUUGUACUUCUGUCCUGGAGAAGCGUAAAAGCCUCACGCUCUCAUUGACGCCCUUGGGAUUCUGCCCGCCCUCUUCGGCGAGCAGCCGCCCACAAUCAGUGGUGAAAGCGUCCCCUGUCCACAGCGACCCCCACCCACAGCGAAGUCCUCGUCUCAGUGGGUGCAGCCGAGCUGAAGAGAAGGAACAAGGCCUGUUAUCGCCAUCCGGCAUCACUCUGAACAAGCUGUUGGACUGGGGAGAGAGAGUGCUGCUGGGGUUGGUCCACCCGGUGAAGAUGGGACAACCUGCGCUGCCCUAUAGGUGCUGAGGUUGCAGAGCGGAGCUACACCUGACCGGUUCUCAUGCAUGUUCAUCUGAACAAAACUGACAACACAGGAUUUACAGAAAUACUGAAGGAAACCAUUGUCUUCUAUUUAUAUAUUUAUUGAAGAGUUGAUUUUAAAAACUAUUCUUGUCAAGCGCUUCUUGUUUGGUACAUACUAACAGUCGACAGCUCAUGUUUCGCUUUGUAAGCUGCUGCAGUUUUGAAAAGUCUGUGGUGCAACAUCUUGAAAUAAAUAAAAGAUCACACUGAAACCCAA